AAAUGUAGACUACGACCAUAUAGGAUAUAUAAAUAUCUGGUAAGCUAGUUUUAAUUUUUUGAAUAUAGUAAAACUUAUGUUCGAUAUAAGGAGAGUGCACUGUAUUUCGGAAACAAGACAUAAUUGUUGCGCCAGAGCUCUCGUAUGGCACACACAAUCCAAAAGCUGCUUAGACACAUCGUCGUAUUGCAACGAACCCAUGAAACACAUAUGAGGACGGGGGAGAGUUGGAACGGCAACCGUGGCGUUCUCUCAAGCGUUACAGUUUUGGCUUGUCGUAACGGCAAGUAGUCUUCAGUUGUGCAUAGACCUGGAUCCGGUGUAGAUUGUCUUGUCAAGAGGAAGAUCUUGAGAUAAACAUUGUUUUAAAUACUUGGAUAAAAGGUUAAAAACUAUUUCAAAAUCGUAUUAUAUAAAUGCAAUUAAGAUAUUUCGAAUGUGUGCUCGCCGAGUGAAAAUUUAGUUCUGGAGCAUAUUUUUACACAAUUUGUAUAAUCAUAUCCAAUUUUGCUGGUGCUUUAGCUCAGUUUUGGCCGUUUUAGCUCGGCGUGCUUGUUCAUGCAUGCAGUGUGGUAAGUUGUUACCAUUCGGACCUCACCUCCGCCCGGAAAAACGAAAACGUAGACAAACAAUGCUUAAGGCCGUAAAGAAAACGACCGAGGUAAACAAAUCGAAAUUAAAAGUUACGGCCAGUAAUGCCAGCGAGAACAACAACAACAAUAAUAAUAAAGACAACGACAGUGACACCUCUGAACUGGCCAUAAAACGAGGCUCCAUCUCUGGCCAAAAGCCAGAAGGCAGUCCAAAUGACAGUCCCCCCCUGAAGAAACUCAGCCUGAAGGGCAACCAACUUUGCGGCAGCAUUUUAAUAGGCAACUACAACUACCUAACCCAAUUGGAGGUGUGCGAGAACGAAAUGGAAGUCUUGGAUCUGAGCACCUUGGCACAAUUGGAAACAUUGAAAUGCAGUCGAAACAAGCUAAUUGAGCUAAUUAUAAAUGGCACCAAUUUGCAGACACUUAUAGCGGAUCAUAACUGUCUGCAGAGCAUCUCCAUAUCGAAGUCGGUGCCAUUGAAGCUGCUGCAUCUGGACAUCUCGUACAAUUACCUGAGCACUUUGCCCCAGUGGAUUGGUGGCUGUGUGGCUUUGGACACACUCAUCGCAACGCACAAUCACUUGAGCCACAUUAGGGAACUAUUAAGAAAUUAUCGCAUCAGCUGCCUGCGUACGCUGAACCUUUCGUACAAUUCUCUGCAGCAGCUCGACUAUUUGCCGGAUGCUUUUUGCAGCGUGAAGCAGUUGCAGCUACAGAGCAACGAGCUGCAGCGGCUGCCGGACAAUUUUUUUGCCGUAACCCAUGCGCAGCUUAGCCAACUGAAUGCCUCCUGCAAUAGGCUAGGCCAAUUGCCGCGCUACGAGCAGAACAAUAAUGCGGCGCUGGAAGAGCUCAGCCUGACGGCGAAUCAGCUGAACGAUAACAUAUUCGAGCCACUGUUGCAUGCGAGCCGGCUGAAAGUGCUGCGCCUGGCUCACAAUCGCCUGGGCGUGCUGCCCGCGGAGUGUGUGCGCAACUGGCCGGAGCUGGAGGUAUUGGUGCUAUCUGGCAAUAUGCUGCAACAGCUGCCGGAUCAGGUAGCCAGUCUGAGUCAGCUUCGGGUGCUGCGCUGCUGCAACAAUCUGCUGCUCAGCACGCCGCAGCUGGCCAAGCUGAGCAGGCUAAAGAUACUGGACUUGGCGCAUAAUCAUUUGGAUCGCAUUAAUCUGCUGUCGCUGGUGCCUGCGCGCAAUCUCAAGUACUUGGAUCUGUCUGGCAAUUUGCAGCUGCAGGUGGAUGAGCAGCAGCUUAAGGUCUGCAAGACGCAAAGCCAGCGCGUCUGGAGCUUAGUCGAUGUCUCCGGCAACAAUCGCGCCGAAUUGCCCACCAGCACGCGACGCCUGCCGUCAGAGUUUAACAAAUCUGUGCACAAAGCCAAGACGCUGCCCUGGACCCUGGGCUUUGCCGAGACACCUGGUGAACUGCGCAAGCUGCUUGUUAGUCAGCUGCGUGCGAGUCAGUUUAAUGGAUGCGCAGAUGAAGCGCUCUUGGGCAUGUUUGAGUCGCAGAGCGAUGCUCGCCAGGCACAGCAAAUGGCUCAACUGGUGCCCGGCCUGUUGAGGCAGGAGCAAACGCUGAAGGAGUCGCCGCUGAAUGACUACUUGAAGUACACGCUGCUCUCGGCGCAGCGGCAAUGCGGCGUUUGCCUGCGCAGCGCCACGCUCAUGCACCUGCUCCGCCAACCCUCCAAGGUGCGCGCCCUCAAGUCCAAGCGUUAUGUACUGCGACUAGCCCAUCUCGGCCACUUCGACGCGUAUCUAGUGCGACGCACCACCCACCUGCGAUUGACCGAGUCUGUAGCACACUGCGAUGGCCAUAAACGUCUCACAGCUACACAUACACUGCCCGAUCCUGAACUGCUGGAGAUAACACUGAGCAACGAUGAUGAGUACCUGGUGCUGGGCAAUGAUCAGCUGUGGGCUGUGAUGGACAUUGGACGUGCGGCACGGGAGAUACGCAAGGAGGAGAAUGCGCUGCUGGCCGCCAAGAGGUUGCUGGAGAUAGCUCAAAGCUUUGGCGCCACAGCGAAUCUCAGUGUGAUUGUGGUGCGGUUCAGUCACCUGAGCACCGAUGUGGAUCAUUUGAUUCGGGAGCUGAAGCAGAGUGUGCGUAAAAAACCUGCGCUAAUAAGCACGCAAUCACCGCCGCCCAGCCUGUCCGUGAGCAAGCGCACCUGUUGUGAUCGCAGCAAUGCGUGCCGACAUCGCAAUUUGGAGCAGGAGCUGCUGGCUGGACGCUCUUCGCCCAGCGGCCAAAGCAAUCCGGAUUUGUUGAGCAAAGAUGUGGCCACUGUGGCCAAGGACGAGUUCAUAUUGGCGCAUGCGCGUGUGCUGCAGGAGGAACAGCAACUGGAAAUGCUGGACGAGACGGAGUCGGUAUUAUCCGAAGAACAAUUCAAAUGCUGGGAAUAUAUGCUGGAGCAGAACACCCAACUGCUGUUCGACAAGGAGCUGAAUACAAUAUCCAAAUCAUUUACCAAGCAGCGACUGCCCACAGCCGGCAACGAUUGCAACGAUCUGAAGUCGAAUCUCAUACGCAACGUGACCAACAAGUUCAUCUCGAGCAGCACACCCCAGUUGACCCAGCCGCAUCCUCCGUUGGCUGCCUAUCAGCAGUUGAAGCAGCAGCUACCCACCGAACAUUUUGGCAGCAUGCGCUCCUUCCAGCAGUCCCCCAACUAUGGCUACAAUCUCUUCGAUGGCAAGUCACGGGAUGUCUAUGCCAAGUUGGGCGGUGGACCACAUGCCGCUUACUUUGGUUCCCUGCAGCGGCGCAUGCCCUCUAAUUUUGAGUAUGAUUUUCCUGUUACGCAGGAGAGGGAUCAUAAUAUUUUGGAUGAGGAGGAGUUGGACGAGGAUGGCUUUUCGGAGCAUGAGAGUCGCAUGCGUAAAUAUUGGGGCGUGGCAACCACUGAGCUGUAGGCGAAGGCGGAAGAACAAAUUUUGCAUUUGUUUGUUGUUUAGUACUUAAAUUAUAAAGAAUAUAAAUAGGUUGGAAAUGGAAUGGAGAACAAAGAUGGAUGGCAUUAUAUCAACAAUUUAACUGCUAUAAUUGGAGAUUAUAGUAUAAGAUAUGCAUCGUAUUAGAAGAGCCGGACGCAUAGUUGUAU